UAGCAACUGAAACUACAUUGUGAAAUCAUCGUAUAACAACAAAUUUUCUCUACAAAAUGCAAUUUGUGACUGAAAUAUGACGGUGCGCGUCGAUCUGACUUCGUCACACAGUCGAAAAAUGUGCUAGGAAAGUGUCCUGAGUCCUGCUCGCCUCGUUUUAUUCGACGAUUUCCAGGCAUUGCUUCCAGAUAGCGAAAGAGAUAAGAAAACUGCCUAAAGAUGUACAAGCUUUUAGGAGGAUUAGCCAAUUACUUCAAAUACCGAGAAAUAGUGGUUGAUUGUGCGAUAUUUCGCAUGCACAACGUGUUCACUUGCGCUCUAUUGAGCGCCUGUAGCUUAAUUAUCACCGCAAAUCAAUUCGUAGGGAAUCCCAUACAAUGUAUCGUCGAUGGAUUGCCAAAUAAUGUUGUUAACACGUACUGUUGGAUUUCCAGUACUUUUACUAUGCCCGAUGCCUUCCAGAGACAGGUUGGUACAGAGGUAGCUCAUCCCGGUAUAGCCAAUGAUUUUAGUCAAGAUGGAGCCCAAAAAUACUAUACUUACUACCAGUGGGUUUGUUUUGUGCUGUUUUUCCAGGCUGUGGCUUGUUACACUCCCAAGGUGCUAUGGGAGGUAUCAGAAAACAACCUAAUGAGGACUUUGGUGAUGGGAUUAAACAUAGGAGUCGGUCGAGAGAAAGAGAAAAACCAGAAAAAAGAAAUCGUAUUAGGAUAUCUAAUGGACCAUUUAAAAAGGCACAAUUUGUACGCCCUUCGCUACUUCGGCUGCGAAUGCCUGUGCCUGAUCAACAUCAUAGUGCAGCUGUACCUGAUGAACAAAUUCUUCGACGGUGAGUUCCUGUCGUACGGCUGGAGGGUGAUGAAGUUCUCCGAUCAGGCGCAAGAGGACAGAAUCGACCCGAUGGUGUACAUUUUCCCGAGGGUGACCAAGUGCAUCUUCCACAAAUACGGUGCGUCCGGAUCGAUACAGAAGCACGACAGCCUGUGCAUCCUGCCGUUGAACAUCGUCAACGAGAAGACGUACAUAUUCAUCUGGUUUUGGUUCAUGAUACUGGCGACGUUGCUCACCGUUUUGGUGCUGUACAGGAUCGUGAUAAUCGCGUAUCCGAAAAUCCGGGCGCGGAUCAUGCACGCGAAGAACCGCAGCAUCCCGAUCGAGGUGUGCAGGAGCCUGUGCUCCAAGGUGGACGUGGGCGAUUGGUGGAUCCUGCUCAUGCUCGGCACCAACAUGGACCACAUCAUUUACAGGGAGAUCAUCUCGGAGCUGGUGAAGAAGAUACCGGUGGAGGCGGGCGCGGGCGGCCAUUGACAAAUACUGAAAAUCUGGUCGGUUUGUUGUAAAAAGAAAUUCGAGAAAUGCGAUAACGAAGGAGACGAUUGCGUUGUUUUGUUGAACCGAAAAUGCGCGGAAAACUAAAUGUGUUCAUUUAUGAAAAUGGAUGGUUCGUAGGCGCGUGCGAAUGAACAGAAUUAGUUCCUUUUUUAAUUGCUCAUUAACAAUCUUCGUUAAUUUAUACAGAUGGUUUUUUUCUGUAAUGUUGGUAUAAAAUCGUGUAGUAGAGGUGCUAUUUGUAAGUAUUUUGAGCACUGGAGGAACCCAUUUUAGCAUUAUAUUUCCAGAGUUUAUCCAUCUAUUUAAAACGUUUAUAGUCAGGAUAGGAGAUAAAAAAAUGGGAACUCAAAAUAUUUGCAAAUAGACAUGAAAUUACCACCUAUAAGAUUGUUUAUCCACAUUUACAAAAUUCACCCUGUAUUAUUUAUGAUAGAACUUUUUAAAGAACUGCUUUAAGUACCAAACAAACAUUUUUUUUCUGUGCGCCUAUUCCAGCAACAUGAAUGCGAAACCAAUGUACAAAAAUCUUCGUUUAAUGAACGAUUUAUACUAUAAAAUGAACAAAACGAAUACUUUUAAUGCCAUGUGAUGUUACGAUUACAUUCCCACGAAAAAGACUAAAUUUAUACACGAAUUUUGAUAGAGAUUUUUUAGUUAACAAUGUUUUUGUAACUCUCUUGUAGAAACGAGGAACUCGAGAGAAUUUAAACCGUUUUGGAUGUUGUUAAAAAUUAUCGUUUAGUAGAUUUUGUGUUAAUAUCCGUUAAUAGCGCGUUUUACGCAAUUUUGACGUACAUCAAAUGUCAUAAAUAUUAAUUAGUGACAUUUAAGUUUGCCUCUUAGUUGGCUGAUAAUAACGUACGUCAAAAUUACGUAUUAAUUAUAUUUAGGUACGUUUGCUUAGAUUCUGGGUACCUAUUUGAAUAUAACAAACCGCAAACGUGUGUAAUAAAUACGAAAAUAAUACAAAUCCCUGUGGAUGUGGCUAGAACACAGUUCAGAAUCUCAGUUAUAAUUUAUUCCCGAUAUAAAAUUGUGAUAUGGACUCGAGCAUAUGUGUAUUGUCGAUUGUAGAGGUGUAAAAUUUAAUUUUUGUUUGUAAAAUUAUGAUGUAUUCCGAAUAAAAAAUAAGCAAAGAAGAGAUAAAAUUAGUUUUUGAAGUUGCAAGAAAAGUAAUUUGCAAUUUUUUGUUUUUUACAUUCCGUUUUUUGCGAUUUUUUUCAACUAAUUUAGUGAUAUUGGUUAUUUUUUUUAUUUUAGAAAUUAGAUUCGAUAUACUCAUUUUUUCUUGAUUUAUACAAGUAAUUUCUGUAGAAAAUUCAGCAUUGUAAUUAUAAAGGAGGGCUUAUAAUUUUUCAUUUGGGUACAUUUAAAAUUGCGUUAUUAAAUUUGCUAGUGUAUUGUUUUAUUCUCAACUCAAUGGUCCUUCAGAAAAUAAAUCUUAUUAUACUGUGAUGAAGCUUUAAGGAAUAUCAAUUACAAUCAAUUACUACGGUUAUUCCUACUAUAAUAAUAAGCUAAUUUGUACGAAUAAAACCCGUGAUUGAAUUUUCGAGGUAUUUACAAUGAUUUUGUACAAUGUACCUAUCUGUUUACACGAUUUCUUAAUUAUGUAAGUAACUAGUAUUUGUAAGAAUUUUACAAUAUUUAGAUUUAGGUUUGUAAUUUUUACAAUAAUCAUUCGAAAAAGAAGAAUAAAUAUAUUUUUUAAGAUUA